UUAUGAAAACUUUUUAGCAUUUAUUGGAUUAACCAUGCGUCGUUCUGGAGCAGGUCGAGGUUUACGUGGCAGACCAGCUAGUCGAGGAAAAGGACGUGGAACUCCAUCUUUUGGUUCGAGAAAUGUAGAAAACAGAAAACAAGGACGUCCGAUAUCUAAAAUAGAUUUGUUUUUUCGUUAUAUAUUUGAAGAAGAUAUGAGAAACCUUCGAGAAGUACUUCAAACGGACAGCUUCUCUGCAAUCAGACCAUUCAACGAUCAAGGAAUUCCUCCUUUACACUUUGCUGUCUUAAACAAACGCAUAAAGAGUUUGAAAUGCUUAGUGGAACACAUCGACAGAGUUCAUUCUCAGACAGAUAUCGACUUUCAAGACGAUGAACACGGACAAACGCCUUUGAUGGUUGCCGCAGAAUUGGGUUGGGUAGAAGGAGCCAAGGUUCUUUUAGAAAAUGGUGCUGAUUUGACAGUAAAAGAUGAAGAAGGUCACACUGCUAGAGAAUAUGGAUUGCUCGCCGACUCUAAACAGGUCCUGCUAUUAUUUGAUGAGUGGAAGAAGAAGAACGACAUUCCGGAAGAAGUUGUUGAAGAAGAAGAAGUUAUAUUUGAGACAUCUACACAAAAGAACCGCAGAAGAAGGAAAGAAUUGGAGAAACAAGAGCGUUCGACUAUAGAACUAGCAACGACUACAGCUCCAGUGAAAUCUGGCGCCACAGAAACCGACAAGAAAAUCGUUUCCGAUAUUUUAAAUAAUAUAGAUGAGCGUACAAGACUGAGUUGCUUGGCUGAUUGGGAUGAAUUGAAGUUGGCUAUUCAUGAGUUGAGACGAGACUUGAAUAUAGAUCGUUCUGAUGCACAAGGGGAACAAGGCAGUUGUUCAGGUUUUGUCAUCGAUCCCACUCUGUGGAGUUAUGAUGUCUUACAGCGAUUGCAGUUACGAAUACCAAAUGGCUCAUUGACCAGUCUUCCUGAGGAUUUGGGAAAGUUAAGCAGUCUAAGUGCACUAAUUAUCAACGAUAAUAGUUUUCAAUAUCUCCCAGAGAGUAUUGGUCAGCUCCAUGCUUUGCGAGUGUUAGAAGUGGAAAAUAAUCGAUUGGAACAGUUGCCAGAAAGUAUUAGGCAAUGUAAAAAGUUGGAAGCAGUGAGAGUAUCUGGAAAUAAGUUGAGAAGCCUAAAGUCUCUAAGUGAAGCUACAGAUUUGGUCUCUUUGCAUUGCGAUCGCAAUCAGUUGGAACAAUUGGACUUGGAUUUUACUUGUAUGAGUCGACUUGCCAUUUUAUCUGCCACUUUCAACUGCAUCAAACAACUUCCUGAUAGUAUAGGCUGCUUGGAGAACUUGACCACUCUCCAAUUAUCUGGAAAUGAAAUACAAGUCUUGCCAAAUGGUAUGGGAGAUUUGAAAAAGCUACAAACCCUAAGUUUGGAUGAGAAUCCAAUCAGAGACAAGAAGAUAUUGAAGAUAUUAACCAAAGGAAAGAAACCGAUGAAAGAGUUUUUGCAAUAUGUGAAGAAACAGAGAGGAAGAAACAAAAAAUCAAAGAGUCAAGAGUCGGAUGAAGAGAGCGAAGCUGAAGAAGAAGAAGAAGAAGAUUGAAAGUUUUCUCUGAAACCAAACUUUGCUAUUCCGAAAUAAAGACUCCAGAGUCUGUUAAGAUAUUUGGUGU